AUGUGGGAAUGUAACUUCCGCGCAUUAUUAAAACAGAGUUGUGAAGUGCGUGAUUUUGUCGAAAACCAUCCCGUGUUGGCAACAUCACCAUUGAAUCCUCGUGACGGUUUUUAUGGAGGCCGAACCGGAAACACUGUUACAUACUACAAAUGUAACGAGGGUGAGCGCAUCAAAUACAUCGAUGUAUGUUCGUUGUACCCUUUUGUGUGCAAGUACGGCCGAUUUCCUCUAGGACACCCCACAAUUUAUGUAGGAUCUGCAGCCCGGGACAUUGAUUUAUCCACCGUAGAUGGCAUGGUGAAAUGUAAAAUUUUACCACCCGCGCAGUUGUACCACCCCGUUCUCCCUGUCAGGAUGAAGGGAAAGUUAAUGUUCGCCCUUUGCAACAGCUGUGGUGAAAGUUCACAGCAGCGUGAGUGUUGCCAUACGGAGGAAGAACGAUUGUUCACAGGGACAUGGGUAAUUGCAGAAGUCGUGAAAGCAUUGGAAAAAGGCUACAGGAUUGUGGAAGUGUUUGAAGUGUGGACAUACGAAACGCGUCAAUACAACCAUGCGGCGGGUCAGCCGGGUUUAUUCACAGAAAUGAUGAAUAAAUUCAUCAAAAUUAAACAGGAAGCCUCCGGCUGGCCCGCGAAUUGCAUAAACGAUGUGGUGAAACAACAACAAUAUCUGGUGGAUUUUGAAGAAGCUGAAAAAGUGAAGCUAACACCGGAACGCAUCGAAAAUAACCCUGGUCUUCCAUCCCUCGCCAAAUUAAUGUUGAAUUCGUUCUGGGGAAAGUUUGGACAACGUGAAAACCAACCACAAACAACCAUCGUCAACGAUCCUCAGGAAUGCUUUGAUCUCCUUGCGCAUCCGUCGAAGAAUGUCAACAGUAUAACUCCUGUGAAUGAACAAACUGUUGUAAUCAACUGGGAGUACGCCGACGAGGCUGUGGAAUCUCUGCCUACUGUGAAUGUGGUAAUUGCAGCUUUUGUUACAGCACAGGCCCGUUUGAAGUUGUACGAAUAUCUAGAGAUGUUGGAUACACGUGUUUUAUACUACGACACCGAUUCCGUUAUCUAUGUGUCAAGCAACCAUUUUCCAGAUCCCCCGACUGGAAAAUUCAUUGGGGACAUGACCGAUGAGCUGGAGGUAUACGGUAUCGGUUCCUACAUCACGGAAUUUGUUUCGGGCGGGCCGAAAAAUUACUCAUACUCGGUGUGGUCAACGACGAAGCAGUGUAUCGAACAUGUUUAUAAGGUGAAAGGGAUCGCCUUAACAUACAGUGCUUCUCGGUUGAUUAAUUUUGAGAAAAUUAAACAAAUGGUUCUAGAAAAAACAGAUCCCAUUCGUUUGACGUCGAUGAACUUUGUGCGGACAAAAGAUCAUCGUGUAGUAACCAAAGAGGAGACAAAGACAUACAGAACGAAUUCAACAAAGAGACUCUUCAUGGAUGACAACAGUUCUCGGCCAUUCGGAUACAAGGUCCCUAGGAACUAA